AUGACAGCAACAACCGCCCCGGCCGCAUCAGCACCGGCGACCGCUCCUGGCCCCCCUGCCCCGGCUCCCUCGUCCGCGCGCCACAUCCCUGCCUCCCGGCAGCCGCGUGUUGUCGUCAAAUCUGCUGACAUGCCCGACGACAUGCAGCGCAAGGCAAUCGAGCUUGCUCUCGUCGCCCUCGAUCGCUUCGAGCUUGAGCGAGAUAUGGCCCAAUAUCUCAAGAAGGAGUUUGACGCCCGCUUCCAACCAUCGUGGCAUUGCAUUGUCGGCCGCCACUUCGGCUCCUACGUUACACAUGAGGGGGCUGGCUUUCUCUAUUUUUACAUUGAGAAGAUUGCCAUCCUUCUCUUCCGCAGCGGAUAG